AUGGCCGUCAUCAACCAAAACAACAACAACAACAACCACAACCAGGUGCCUCCUGCACCUCCAACCCACCAUCCCCCUAUGCGCCCGAAUGAGGGCGUUCGUGUGGCGCAAGCGGGCUCGCCACGUCCCAUGAACUCGGAGUAUUUGGUCCAUCAGAUGCAUCGGCUUAAUGUUCAGCCGGAGAAGCCCCAGGCUGUCAACAAUGCGAAGCCCAAGGAGACCACUGUCGUUGAGGAGAUUGAUGCUCGUGCUCCCUUCUACUACCUGGGGUACACCUUCUUCAAGGCCGAUGCCGUGCCCGGGCACAAGUCCACCUGGAACCAUGUGGAGCGGACCAAGAUGAACCUCAGCCAGUCCGAUCUGAUGAAGCUGGUGCACAAGCGAACCAAGAAGAUUCCCAUUGCGGAGCAAUACCAGUCCCUGUCCAAGGUCAAGCGUGCGCAUGUGGAUCAGCUGAUCAGCGAACUUAGGAAGAGUGAUCCCCAUUUUGAAUGGACCUGCGUCUAUGUCAAGGAGGAUGAGAAGCCAUUCAAGGGUAAGAAUUCCCGGCGGGGUGACUAUGAGACGCUCUCCGUGAACGUCGUCAUUAUGAGAAAGGCUACAGAUCUGGUGUUUCCCAAGAUACCUGUCGACGACCAUGUGGAUGUGGAGGCCCUUCCUAAGCCCCAGGACCGGGUGCCAACAACUCACGUGCACAACAAUCCAUCCGACUCGGGACCAAAGGGAAUGCCUAGGAGCAUGCAGCCCAGUGAGCCACUGGUCGGGCCUACUAUCCAUCAGGGGCCAAUGCCACCGGCCUUGAAUCAUAACCAGCAGCCUCUGCCUACGAGGUUCCAUCAAUCACCUCCCCAUCAGUCACCUUCCCAUCAGCCGCCUCCCCAGCUUCCUCAGGGAUAUCCGGGACCAAGACCACAUAUGGCCCAAGGGCCUUGGCCGUGGGUGCACGGGAUGCCAGCUGGUAUGCAGCCCCAUCACGCUCAACCAGGCAUGCCUGUCUCUACGAUGCCUGCGACUGCUAUGCCCAAUUCUGCAAUGCCUGCUCCUGUCAUGCCCGGUGCUGCGAUGUCUGGCCAAGCCACAGUUCCGCACAUGGUGGCUCAACCGAAUGGGCUGCGAGGCGUCCACAUGGCGGCUGGGAUGUUCCACCAACGGCAGGGAUUUGAUCCCCGCGCCCAUUUCCCCGGCCAGCAAGAGACCCAUCCUUCCGACAAAGCCCCUGCUCCUACCACUCCCCCGGCUCCUCCGGAGACUAAGCCCGAGAACGUCAGGCCCUCAACCCCAGCGGCAGAUCCCGAGCUGGAACUGGGACUAGAGUCGAGUAGUGUGGGGGACGAUGAAUCCGUGUUCGACUUUGACGACGACAGCUCCAUCACCGAUAGUUCCGAUGAAGAGCCCGAACUGGAGGAUAAACCCCAGCCGUGGCGCGGCAGUCUAUAUCGUCGACACUCUGCUCCACGAGCUAAGCAUGCGUACCGCACCCAUUAUCGGAAGCAGCCCCAGAAGAACGGAUCGGACAGCAAGGCCAGCCGGUCUGGGUAUCCCAAUGGCUGCAUUGACGUGGUGCCUGCGGACAGUAAGCAUAUCGACCCACGCAACGAGGGUGCAGUCAGUGCUGGCGGUGGUGGUGGAAGUGGUCCCAGUCAAGAAGUGAGCCGGCCGGCGCGGGACCGGCCCAAGAUCAUCCAUGCGCCAGUUAGUACGGACGAGUUGGAUUUGGAGCAACUUUUGGCCGAGAGGGCAGAGCGGUUCCGAGGGGGGCGGGCCCGGAACGAUAUUCGGGCGCGAAUACUGGAUGAUCGUGAGGCCCGAUUGGAGCAUCGCGAGCGGAUGGUGGAAUACCGCGCCCGCGUGCUUGAGGAACGGGAACGCUUGGACGAUGCAUGUUACCUCGGACGACGCAUGUCCCUGCGCGAGCCGGGCACCUUCUAUGGUCCUCGACGAUAUUACCUCCCGGAGGGGCUUCAAUGA